AUGGCCACAACUGUCGGAACCUGUCCAUACAAUGGACAACAAGCAGCAAACACAUCUUCGACACCAACCCUCAAAACCGUUAACGAAAUUCCUGGACCAAAACGGGUUUCGUUUUUACAGAGACGUCACGAUGUUAAAAAUUAUUUCAAUUAUCUUUUGGAAUUAAAUGAAACUUAUGGUGAUAUUGUAAAAGAAGAGUUCGCGUUCUCCUCAAAACCAGUUGUUCAUGUAUUCAGUCCAGAGUAUGCUGAAAAGGUUUUUCGGACCGACGGUAACCAGCCACAUAUAGUUCCACUACAAGAGACAACCAAGAACUAUCGAACAAUGCGUGGUAUGAACCCUGGAUUAGGCAACUUGAAUGGGGAUGAAUGGUAUCGUUUGCGUUCAGCCACGUCGCAGAUUUUAAUGAAACCGCAAGGAAUGGAGAAAUAUGUGCCCUUUGUGGAACAGGUUGCUCACCACCUUAUUGAUCAUAUCAGAUAUAAUCAGAAUUCGGAUAAUGAGGUGGAUAUGCGAAAAAUUGCUGGAAGAUGGUCAUUGGAAUCAGCGGGACUUAUUGUAUUUGAGCGAAGAUUGGGUGCUCUGAAUGACAACGUUGAAUGGGCAGAUUACUUAACUGGCUUGAAUCAUGAGAUUUUCAAAUUAUCGGCUGAUCUUAAGUUCGCUUUGCCCAUCUUUCGGUUCCUGCCGACUGGGAAAUGGAGAAAAUUGGUGGAGCUUGAGGAUAAAUUCUAUGCGGAGGCACACGUGCUCAUGAAACGGGCAAUAUCUGACAUACGAAAUAAUAAAAUAAAAAUUUCCCAACAAAUGUUGGUUGGAGAACUUGCUAGUCAAAGGACUUUGACUGAGGAAGAUGUCAAAAUUAUAAUGCUCAGUCUGUUUUCGGAUGGAUUGAGCACUACUGCACCCAUGCUCAUUUACAAUCUGUAUAACUUGGCUAAACAUCCUGACAUACAAGACGAGAUACGAAAGGAAGUGAAUUCUGUUUCCAAAAAUGGAGAAGAAUUGGUUUCCGCCAAAAGGAAUAAGCUUCCUAUGCUGAAAGCUUCCAUCAAAGAAACCUUCAGGCUAUACCCUAUUGGGACUGAGAUUUCAAGAAUCCCUCAGAAAAGCGUUACUCUAGGAGAAUAUGUCAUCGAUCCUUUUACACCGAUAGAUAUAAAUACUAACAUACUUACAAGGUCUGCAAAACUAUUCACAAAUCCAAAUGAGUACCAACCUUCACGUUGGCUUCGAGGUGGAGAGAAAGGUGAUUCAGCUCAUCCAUAUGCUUUGUUACCAUUUGGGAUUGGUCCACGGAUGUGUGCAGGUCGAAGAUUCGCUGAGCAAGACUUGCAGAUCGUCCUAUCUCGGUUGAUCCAGAAUUAUAAGAUAAGCUAUAACUAUGAUGGAAUAUCUCAGAUAUAUGAAACAUUACUCUUGCCUAAUGGUAAUUGUCAUUUUAAAUUCGAGCAAAUCUGA